GCGACCAUCAAAGAGUGUCGUUUACCAAAAUCAUGGCUAUUUUUGCCCCCUUUAUUGCUGAUAAUUGUCAGUGGUACCAUCAGCAGAUCGGGAAAAAAGUUGCCGUGGAUUGCGGCGACCACGAUCCGGCAUAAUUCUUAUCCGCCUUGUCAAGGCCUUACAAGCCCAUAUAACCGAGGCACGAUGUUGCGACCUCUUUGUAUGCUAUUAGAAACCCCCAUAAUGAUAUGUUAG